AUGACUGAAUGUCCUCCUCUCAAGGUGUUUUACUACUCCACUGGGAUCUUUGAGCGAGCGGGGGUGUCCCAGCCCGUCUAUGCCACGGUCGGUGCCGGCGUGGUCAACACCAUCUUCACUGUGGUCUCCCUCUUCAUCGUGGAGCACGUGGGCAGGAGGCCCCUCCACCUCGUCGGUUUGAUGGGGAUGGCGGUUUCAGCCGUGUUUCUAACCGUUGCCAUGGCGCUGCUGGACCAGCUCAGGUGGAUGUCCUACGUCAGCAUUGUGGCCAUCUUCAGCUUCGUGGCCUUUUUUGAAAUCGGCCCCGGCCCCAUCCCCUGGUUCAUCGUGGCCGAGCUCUUCAGCCAGGGGCCCCGGCCCGCUGCCAUCGCGGUUGCUGGUUUUUGCAACUGGUCGGCCAACUUCCUGGUGGGGAUGUGUUUCCAGUACGUCGAGCAACUCUGUGGCCCCUACGUCUUCAUCAUCUUCACCGUCCUGCUGCUUGGCUUCUUCGUCUUCACUUACUUCAAGGUGCCUGAGACCAAGGGCCGCACCUUCGAGGAGAUCUCCGCAGGUUUCCGCCACUCGUCCGGUCAGGGCGCAGACAAGUAUUCAGCUCCCGAAGAGUUCAACACCCUGCGGGGUCACGACCCCGACCUGUGAGAGCUGCGACAACAUUUGUGCAACAAAAAGUCCCACUCCAGUUUUUAUACGAGUUCUUUACCUCAGACUGGUUUAAUAUUCACUC